GACGUCAUUUCAACCUUUGAGCCAGUGACGUAGAUAGAAAACAGUUUUGACAGGACAGACAAUUUUUUCAAGAGGGUUUAUUGCGUUCAGACCAGAAUCUGCUCUUUAAUGUAAUUUUUCGAACAAUUGCAGUAUGACGAGACCUCUCACUGUGCUGAAGUCUGUGGGUCCGAAACUAGUCCCUUUCUUCAAAACAUUGGCUAUCUAUUUUGUGCUAUUUGGGGAUGAAGCUUCCUAUGGGUCCAUCUUCUAUGCCAUCAUCAAGUGCUUGCCAGUGAUAUCAUUGAUAGUGUUUGUGUUGCUUCAUGGCAUGAACUUGUCAGAGUAUUAUGCAUACUCCAGACGAAUCCUUGCUGGCUUGAUCUUUUCCUGCCUUGGGGAUAUAUUCCUGGUAUGGAAACACUAUUGCUUUGAACAUGGAUUGGCAAUGUUUGCUGUAGCCCAGCUCCUGUAUGCUUCUGCAUUUGGAAUGAGGCCUCUAAACCCAUGGGCAGGAUUAGUAAUCAGUUUCCUGGGAUCUAUUGUCUAUACCAUCUUGUCUCCUGGGUUAACUGGUAUAAUGAACAUACUGGUCCCCAUGUACCUCAUCCUCAUUUUGUUCAUGGCCUGGAGGGCAGUGGCCAGGGUCCAGCUCUUUGAUGACCUGUGGACUUGGACCAAGCUGUGUGGAUGUGCUGGCUCCAUUGCUUUCCUCAUCUCCGAUUUAACCAUUGCAUUGGAUAAGUUUGUCAUGCCUAUUCCAUUUGGUCACACUAUCAUCAUGACAACAUAUUAUGCAGCACAAUUCGGAAUAGCACUAUCUGUAGUGGACAGCCCUAUUGAUGUCUUGCUAAAGAAAACCAGUGAGGAAAAUGGAUUGGCUAACGGGCAGCACAGUCAAUUAAAAACUGACUAAGAGGAAGGGUUGGAUCCUGUUUUUCAACUUGUACAUUCAGUUUUAUUCAAUUGUCUAUCACUCAUUUGAUAAUAUAUGAUUUUCAGAAAUGCCCCCGUUGUCUAGAAAAUACAUAUAUCAAUUUAAUUUAAUUGAGAGAACUUCAGAGAAGUAAAUGAAGUAAGGGCAUAUAAUGGAUACGUAGUUUAAGAGGUUAUUAAGAACUAAACUUAAACUUUAAUCUCUUGGAGGUUAUGUAAUGGUGCUGUCAAUACUGGGUUGUUAUUGCACUAUCAAUGCAAAUGUAUGAAUCUGAGCAUAUUUACCAUUUUAGUAUUUUGUUCAUAUAUACUCUUUAACUUAUAAACAAUUAUCAUUCUCCACUUAAAGUAGGAGAUUCACCUCAGAUGUUUUUAUUAGAGAUUCUUUUUUAUUAGCCUGUUCUUAUUUGUAUCCAUUAUGACUUAUUGUUGAAGCUAAGUAUUUUGUUACUAAGAUUUUAAAAUAUUUGCUGUCAAAAGUCUAACUUCAUCAAACAUACAUUUGAAACAGAUGGCUCAGAGUUUUGGGUUCAGAGCCAAAUUGCGAGCAUGAACAUGACAUUGAAAAAGAAGUAUGGUUGCUAGUUGGAAUCGCUGUUUUUAUAGGUAUACUUUAGGGUAGAGAGAGGGGCUUUGAUAUCAUCUGGAAAAAAAAAUUUAAUAAAACAUAACUUCAUUUGAUACUGAGGCCAUAUCAAAACUGUAAUGUAUGCAAAAAUCUAUUGAUGGACUGAAAAUUCAGUCAAGUUCAGCAUUUGAUACCAAAUUUUGUUUUAAUUUAGCAAUAAUGACAAUAGUAAUACAACAAAACAAAAAGAUGUUACAUAUCAUUAUACUUUCAAUUUGCACUUGCAUUUUCUCUAGCACAAAAUGUAUUUCUUAUCUCACAAUUAACAUUUUCAUUACAAAUUUUAGUCCUAAAAUAUGGUCUUUUAAAAAAGACAAACUAUGUUAUGACAGUAUUUCUUAAUGGAGAUCUGCAGAGCCUAUUGAAUUAGAUGAGCCUCUGUUGUAUGGUUCAGAUAAGUAAAAUUUCUUAAAAGGCUUUCUACUUAUGAACUGUAAACUCCAUGGAUUGCAAUUCUGAAGUCUUUUUGGACUCCAUAGAGUUUUACUAACAUUUUGUUUCUUAGCGUUGUUCAUUUUACAAAAUAGUUAGAAAUAAAUAAAAAUCAUAAAAACUA